AUUAACACUUCGUCUUUGUAACACUUGUUAGCCGGCCUCUUUUUUCUCAGUACUCGACUGAGAAUUGAGAAUUGAGAAUUGAGAAUACUCUUUCACGAACUCCAAAAUUUUCUCAAAUCAAAAUCAACCCUUUGAUCAAAUUCCAAUUCCCAGGUUAUAGAGUUUUUCAUUUUUCAGCAAUUUCCUUCUUGUUCUUUUUUUUCCCAAACAUUUUUCUGAAAAGAAGAGAAAGAAAGAAUUCAAACCCAGAAAAAUCAAAGAAAUAUGAGAUGGGAAAAAUGGAAGCAGAGCGAAGCAAUGGAGAAGGGAGGUGGGCCCGGGAAGAGGUGGGGACACACCUGCAACGCCAUUAGAGGAGGGAAGCUUUUGUAUGUGUUUGGGGGUUAUGGCCAAAGUAAUUCUCAGACUAACCAAGUUCAUGUUUUUGACACUGAUUCUCAAACGUGGAGUGAGCCAGCCGUAAAGGGAACUCCACCAAUCCCUAGGGACAGUCAUACUUGUACAACAGUUGGAGAUAACUUGUUCGUCUUUGGUGGGACAGAUGGGAUGAACCCCCUUGGAGACUUGCAUAUACUAGACACUUCAUCAAAUUCAUGGAUUUCUCCACAAGUCAGAGGUGAUAGGCCACAGGCAAGAGAAGGCCAUAGUGCAGCACUUGUUGGAGAAAAACUUUUCAUUUUUGGUGGAUGUGGCAAAUCUCUGAACCAUCCGAGUGAAGUGUAUUACAAUGAUCUUUACAUAUUGGAUACUAAGAACUUUGUAUGGCAAUGUGCUGCAACAUUUGGCAAGUCACCAGCUGCACGAGAUAGCCAUUCGUGCUCAUCUUGGGAAGACAAAAUAGUUGUUAUUGGUGGUGAAGAUGAGCACGAUUAUUAUUUGUGUGAUGUUCACAUUCUUGAUACAGAUACUCUUGUUUGGAGAGAGCUGAAUACUUCUGGUCAAUUGUUGCCUCCCCGUGCUGGGCACUCAACCGUGGCCUUUGGAAGACACAUAUUUGUAUUUGGGGGAUUCACUGAUGCUCAGAACCUGUUUGAUGAUCUUUAUAUGCUUGAUAUUGAUACUGGUAUUUGGACCAAAAUUAUGCCAAGUGGUGACGGGCCUUCUGCCAGAUUCUCCAUGUCUGGUGACUGUUUGGAUCCAUCAAAGGCAGGUGUUUUGGUCUUCAUAGGUGGUUGCAAUAAAAAUUUAGAGGCUCUGGACGAUAUGUACUACUUUCACACAGAACUUUUGAGGGAUGAUGGAAGAGAUGAGCGAAGGUUGGAAAAAUUAUCUUUCAGAAAACAGCUGAAGAUGAAGUGUCAACAACAAUACAUUGUUUCUUCGGAGAAUGAUAAAGCCCUUGUCACCUCUGGGACAGUUGAUUCUACCACACCAUGUUCUGUGCCACAAAAUAGCCAUCAAAGUCAGCAAUAUUUCCAUCUAAACAUGUACCGACCCCCAAUAGGGAAGAGGACAUUUCAAGCCAAAGUUACUAAAAACUUUCCAAGUGGAUAUUCCAUUGAAACCAUUAUAGAUGGAAAACCGUUGCAUGGAAUUCUUUUUCCAACCUCCGCAACUAACUUGAGUUCUCAACGGAAAAAGGACUCUGAAGAUGUCAAGUCUAAGGUGACUGAAAAUCACGGUCCUGUUACAAUAUCUCCAACUGUCCAUGAGUCUCCUGCUGAACCUACGAAUUCACCAACCACCAAAAAUACUGAGCAUGCAGAUGUUGGCCAGGUACAGCAGGUAUCUAUUAGAGGGUUCGAAAAUUCGAAUUCUAUACUUGAAGUCAAGACAACAGUUGGAACUGCAACCUCAGCAGAUUCAGUCACCUUGAAUCCGUCUUCAGUGCCUGAGGGCUCUGUUGCUUUUCCUACGAGCCAAGAGGGUCAGGUAGAGAUUGCUGAAAGAACAUGAAGGUAGAAUAAUAGCUUUCAAGCAUCAGUUUUGACAUUUGGAGGAAACCAUUUUUUGCAGUUAGUAGUAAUUAGGGCAGAUAGUGAGCUUGGGGACUGCUAAACUAGACUAGAAGCUAGCUCUCCAGCAACAGCGAUUUUUUGCACAUGCAGAAAAUUCUUCUGGGGUCGAAUUAUUUAUUUGCAUCGAAGAGGUACAUAUAUUACCCAGCGUGCAUCGAAGAGGUACAUAUAUUACCCAGCUAAUUAAUUGUACAUCCAUAGCUUGAAGGUGAUUGUAGACAGCUGAUAGAUGACAGAUGACAUUUGGUCUUCCUAGGGCUUACAACUGCCACACGUUGAAUCGGUGUAACUCCUUCACAUACUACUCCAUCUUUUUAGAAGACGAUUGUAGCAGCAUGUAGUAGUUCGAGCAGUAACAUUUUAAUGUAAAGUGAUACUUUUGACUAGAGUUGCAUCAUUCUGCCAUGAUACGCAUUGUUUGUCUGUGGUCGACUGGUGGUUAUUGGUCCGAGGAGGCUGUAGUCUUCUUUGAAAAUCAUGAAUAAUUCAAGGUAUAUGAGGAACUUUGUCUAAAAAGAAA